CCGCCGCCCGGGCCCCGCCUGCAGCCGCUGGCGCGAGGGGAGGGGGCUGACUGGCGAGGGCGGCGGCCGUUCAGAGGAGGCCGGCGGGCAGGCGACGGCUCCGCGGCCCCCUUACAACUCCUUCCUUUCCCUACUACCUUCGCAGGGCCGUGACUGGUGGCGCGAUGGACCUGGCCGGGCUCCUGCUGGACGAAGAAGGCACCUUCUCCCUCACUGGCUUCCAGGACUUCACGUUCCUCCCAGGACACCAGAAGCUGAGUGCCCGCAUCCGAAGGAGACUCUACUAUGGCUGGGAUUGGGAAGCUGACUGUAACCUGGAGGAGCUUUCCAGCCCCGUGGCAGACAUUGCUGUGGAACUGCUCCAGAAGGCAGCCCCCAGCCCUAUUCGUCGACUCCGGAAGAAAUAUGUAGCCCAUGUAUCCCGCGAGGCAUGCAUCUCUCCGUGUGCUAUGAUGCUAGCUCUAGUGUACAUUGAGCGGCUCCGACAUCGAAACCCUGACUACCUACAGCAUGUGUCAUCCUCUGACUUGUUCUUGAUUUCCAUGAUGGUGGCCAGUAAGUACCUCUAUGAUGAAGGGGAGGAGGAGGAGGUUUUUAACGAUGAAUGGGGAGCUGCAGGGGGUGUGGCCGUGCCUACUCUCAAUGACCUGGAGAGGGGCUUCCUGAGCGCCAUGGACUGGCAUCUCUACACUGAUCCUCGGGAGAUCUUUGAGGUGCUGAGCUGGCUUGAGAGCUGUGUGGCUGAGCAGCAGGGACGGCGGCGGGGCUGGUAUACCUACACAGACCUGUGUGUGUUGCUGGAGCAGCCAGCCUGGCAGAUGGCCCUGGGCUCCUUCUUCCAUAGGCUGGCAAAGCUGUCCUGCCUGUUAGCUAUGGCAUAUGUGAGCAGCGUGGCCCUGGCUGUGGCAACGGUGGCUGUAAUACACCAGUCCUUGGGGCUGUCCUGCAGCCCCACACCUGGUCCCCCAGACCUUGGACUGACCUCUAGGUGCUUCUUGGAACUCUGCAUACCUUCUCCUGUGCCACAGUGCCUGCCAUCUCCUGCUAAUGUCUCCAGCUGCCUGGAAGGCGACGUAGGGCUGCAUUCACUCUGGGGCAAUCUUCUAGCCUCACUGACUCCCCCACCAUUGCCUCCCCCAGAGCCCCCUUCCCCUCCCACUCUUCUCCAUAACUGUCCCCUUUGCCAGAAGCCCCAAAGAGACUCCCCAACCUGCCGCACCUGCCAUCACCCCAACCAUACAGUCCCCAGUGGGCCCCCCAGCCUCUGGUACCACUCCCCUGGUCUGGCUCCACCCUGGCUCUGGAGCCCAACACCCCCUCUGCUUCCCCAGCCCCAGCAAUGUUCUCUUUUCAGUGUUAUGGAGCUGGCCCGUCUCAAGUCUUUCAUUUUCCCAGGCUAGAAGGGCUCCAAGGAGUGCAUUAAGAGGAUUUGGGCAUCCCCGAGACCCUGGGGGAGAAAGUUUGAUUUAGAUCCUCUCUACCUCUGGGUCCUUGGCUGGUCCCCUGUCCUCCUAGGUGAUGGAUCUUAAGGGGUUAUAGGGCAGAAGGGCCGAAGGUCACUUACUUUCCUGGACCUAAGUGGCUGGCUGGCUGGCUAGGACAGUGAUGGUGCCAAGGAAAGUUUCAGCUUGGUGACCAGAGGCAUGUCACAGAUGGACAGAGGAGAAGCCCCUGUCUUUCCACCUCCCCUGGACUCUUCUAGACUUUUGCUUUUGAGUUCCCUAGGAUGGAAGGGUUAAGGUGGGAGAUGGGAGAAGUGGGGUGAGGGAGGGAGGAAAUUUUGAUCGGGGUCUGUGUGAUGUCCCUCAGCAGGAGAGCCAGGGACUGAUAGGGCCAGGUGGGUGCUACUGUGGGCAGGUGGGGUAAGGUGGGAAACCCUCUCCACCUGCCCUUUCAUGUAGUGUAAAGGGCCACAGACUGCUGGGACUUUCGCCUUUGUCCUUUUGUCUUCCAGCCUUCUCUGUACCCUGCUUCUGGGUUUCCCUCUUUGAUUCCUCUCCUGGGUGUUCUCUUCACAGGCCUCUCUGGCUACUGCUUUGUAUCUGGGUUUUUCAUGCUUUUGUAGAACUGAAAUUUCAAUAAACAGUUUCCGUUGCA